AUGUCAAGCAUGGCGACCAUCACCAUACUGCUGCUGCUCAUCGCGCUGCCUUUGCUGGCGGCAGCGUCCUCGGCUCAGCUUGUGGCGCAGCCGGAGUGUCGCGACAGGUGCGGCAACGUCAGCGUACCCUACCCCUUCGGCAUCGGCGUCGGCUGUUUCCGCGACGACGGCCAGCCGGGCUUCCAGCUCGAGUGCAAUGACUCCGGCCCCGGCCAGCCUCCGCGCCUCACCGUAGUCGGCUACGGCUACCACCUCGCCGCGCUGUCCCUCCAAGGCGAGGCCCGGACCUACCUCAGGGCCACGCGCCACUGCUACAACUCCACGGGGGAACUCGUCGAUAGGGUUACGGAGUACAUGUCCGUCUCCGGCACCCCCUACCUCUUCUCCUCCACCAAGAACCGCCUCGUCACGCUCGGCUGCCCCAGCCUCGGCUACUUCAACGACGGCAGGGGCUUCUACGUCAGCGGCUGCACGUCCGUGUGCCGGCCGUCCCAGUACGCCCUGCCGGGCUCGUGCACCGGCGUCGGCUGCUGCCAGAGCGCGAUACCCAACGGCGCCGACUACUGGGAGUCGGCCCUCUUUAACUUCUCGCCAGGGCAGCAGGACACCGUCGUCUUCAACACCAACCCCACCUUGUGCCGCUAUGUGUUCCUCGUCGAGACCAAGUGGUUCGACGGUCAAACCUCCAACAGUUUCGUCAACCGCACCGACGACUUCGCCGUGCCGCUCAUGCUCGACUGGGCCGUGCGGAACGUCGGCAACUGCAGCGCCGCCAGGCGCAACGCCACUGACUUCGCCUGCAAGAGCGCGGGCAGCCGGUGCUUCGACGCCACCAAUGGCCCCGGGUACCGGUGUAGCUGCCCCAAGGGCUACGACGGCAACCCUUACCUCGACGGCGGAUGCGCAGAUAUCGACGAGUGCCGUCGGAAAGACGAAUACCUGUGCUACGGUGAGUGCACAAACACGCCGGGAAACUAUACUUGCCAAUGCCCUCCAGGUACGAGUGGAGAUGCCUACAGGGAGAACGGCUGCCGGGUAAAUGACAAGUUCACCUUGGCUCUCAAAAUCGUUACAGGAGUUAGCGUCGGUGUGUUCUUGUCACUAUUCACAUGCUUCUGGGUCUACCUAGGACAUCAGAAGCGGAAGCUCAUCAAGGCAAAGCAGAGCUUCUUUGAGCACAACGGAGGCGUCAUCCUGCAACAGCAGAUGCGCUCCUACAGUGGCGCCCCUGGGGGAGGCGGUGGUGGGUUCAAGAUAUACUCAGAAGAGGAGCUCAAGAAGGCGACCAACAAUUUCGCUGCUGAUCAGAUCCUCGGUCGCGGCGGCCAUGGCAUUGUGUAUAGAGGUGUUCUGGAGGAUAGUACUAUAGUGGCUAUAAAGAAGUCCAAAAUGAUGGAGGAAACUGAGACCAAGGAGUUCGCAAGGGAGAUGUUCAUACUCUCCCAGAUCAACCACCGAAACGUCGUCAAGUUACACGGAUGUUGCCUUGAGGUGGAGGUGCCAAUGCUGGUCUACGAGUACGUCUCCAACGGCACCCUCUACCACUACAUCCAUGGCGGCAAGGGCCUCGAAUCCAAUACGGCACUCGAUACCCGUCUACGGAUAGCGGCGGAGUCGGCAGAGGCUUUAUCGUAUAUGCACUCAUCGGCCUCGCCGCCAAUCCUUCACGGCGAUGUCAAGACGGCCAACAUCCUGCUCGACGGCAACCUCACCGCCAAAGUCGCGGACUUUGGGGCGUCAAAAUUGGCGCCUAGUGACGAAGCCGAGAUUGCGACAUUGGUGCAAGGCACCUGCGGAUACCUGGACCCGGAGUACCUCAUGACAUGCCAACUGACUGACAAGAGUGACGUGUAUAGCUUUGGUGUCAUUCUGUUGGAGCUUCUGACAGGAAAGAAGGUGAUCUGCUUCGAUGGGCCAGAGCAGGGCAAGAGCCUCGUGUCCCGAUUCACGAUAGCCGUGAAAACCAACCGACACGACGAGGUGCUUGAUAGCCGGGUGAGGAAGGAGAUGGGCCCCAAGGCAUUGGAAGAAGCCACACAUCUUGUGAUGCGAUGUGUGAGCAUGAGUGGGGAGGAGCGACCAACAAUGAAGGAAGUUGCCGAGAGGCUAGAGGCGUUGAGGAGGUACCAGCAGAACCCAUGGGGUCAGGCUGGUGCCAGAGAUCUAGAGGAGGGGCAAAGCUUGCAUGGCAGGGAGCAACAACAUGAUGUGACUUAUAAGUUUAUACCGCAAGAUGUGCUUGAUGUUGAAGAGGGCAGUACAUACACAUUUAGCUUGUAG